AGUAGCAAAAUGGAAAUUGCUGGCUACUCUGUAGACAAAAAAUCAAAAACAUACUUGAAUGAUUAUGUGAGAGAUUACAAAAAGGAAGAUACAUAUGAGAACCCUAAUGUAAAGAGUGAAGAUUUAAACUAUGUUGAGGAAUCUACUGAUGGAAAUCAAGUGUAUGACAGAAAAUAUUUCUUUGAGAAAACUGAGGAUAAUGUUAGUUUUAGUGUCUCAUCUGCAAAAAAUAUUGAGAAAAAUGUCCCUUUUUCAUUUGCAACAGAGAUAAUUCUGGAGAAAAUAGAAAGAAAUUGUGAAAGCAAAAAUUCCAAUGAAAUUAUUUACACAAAGAUUGUUGAAGCAGAACAAUAUAAGCAUAAUCUUUUUAAGUUUCCUCCAAAACAAACAAAAAAUAUGAAUACAUUUAUUAAUUCGAAGCCAUAUAAGUGUCACUUCUGUGAUUCAGCUUUCAGGAGAAACUCUCAUCUUAAAUCACAUAUAGAUUCCGUUCAUUCAAAUUCAAAGCAAUACAAAUGUCACAUGUGCAGUUUUGCUACCAACCAGAAAUCUAAUGUCAAAAGACACAUUGAUUCUGUUCAUUUGAACACCAAGCAACAUAAGUGUUAUUUAUGUGAUUAUGUAGAUAAUCAAAAAUCUAAUAUUAAAACUCAUAUAGAUACUGUCCAUUUAAAUUUGAAGAGACACAAGUGUCACUUAUGUGAUUAUGCUUCAUAUAAGAAAAGAAAUGUUAAUAUACAUAUAGAAGCUGUUCAUUUAAAUUUGAAACAAUUUAAGUGUGAUUUAUGCGAUUAUGCUUCACAUCGAAAAAAUAAUCUCAAAGUACACGUAGAAUCUGUCCAUCUGAAUUUAAGGCAACAUAAGUGUGUGAUAUGCAAAUUUGCUACAAAUCAUAAAUAUCUUCUUGUAAGACAUGUGGGUACUGUUCACUCAAAUUUGAAACAAGAGUCAAAUUACCAUGAUAAAAAGCUGUAAUUCCACCUAAGUUCAAUGUAUUAUUUUAUUCUAUAGUACUGUAAUUAUAGAAUUGUGAGCUUGUAUGAUUAAAUAUCUAUUUCUUUA